CCCGCGGGCGGGCGGCGCGGGAGAACGCGCGGAGGGAGCCAGGCCGGCCGGAGCGUGUGCGCCGCCCGCGGUCCGGUCACGUCCCCGCGCGGGCGCCACCGCCCGCCUCGUGUGGAACGAGGGCGCCGCGGCCCCGCGCUCGCCCCGCCGCCCCGCCCCGCCCGGAGCAGCUCGGCAGAUGCCCGGUGCCGCGGCCCGGAGGUGCAGGGCUGGAUGCCUGGUGGGAGCAGGAGCAGCCUGAGGCAGGGGGGCCGGAGGGAGCACACACGGCUGGCGACCAGCUCUCCAGCCGUGCUCAGCAGCAUCGCCACAGCAACCAGCCUCCAGACACACGGGGACGGCUUCCCAACCGUCGGCCGAGGACAGGGAAUGACUACGGCAAAUCAGGCCACACCGCCAGCAAGGGAGGUGGAGUGUCACUAGAGGGGAGGGGCGGCCACCACCCACUGCAGAGAGCCAUGCCGGCCAGAAAAGAGGCCCUGGGGCAGGGGCUGUUGUGGUGCUCAGCCUCACGCCCCGGCCAGCACUGAGCACUUCCAGGGCAGCUGGGCUCCCAUCUGCUGGGCGCACCAGCCCAGGCUUCAGCGUCCCCCACUGCAGCUGACUUUCCUGGUGGCCAGGCGAGCAGGCAAGAGAGAAAGGCGCCCCGUCCCGUGCUCCACAUCUGGGCCUGCCGCUGCUGGACCAUGGGAUGUCGGCAAAGCUCAGAGGAGAAAGAGGCGGCUCGGCGGUCCCGGAGAAUCGACCGCCACCUGCGCUCAGAGAGCCAGCGGCAGCGCCGCGAGAUCAAGCUGCUCCUGCUGGGCACCAGCAACUCGGGCAAGAGCACCAUCGUCAAGCAGAUGAAGAUCAUCCACAGCGGCGGCUUCAACCUGGAGGCCUGCAAGGAGUACAAGCCCCUCAUCAUCUACAACGCCAUCGACUCGCUGACGCGCAUCAUCCGGGCCCUGGCCGCCCUGAGGAUCGACUUCCACAACCCCGACCGCGCCUACGACGCCGUGCAGCUCUUCGCGCUGACGGGCCCUGCAGAGAGCAAGGGCGAGAUCACGCCGGAGCUCCUGGGCGUCAUGCGGCGGCUGUGGGCCGACGCGGGGGCCCAGGCCUGCUUCAGCCGCUCCAGCGAGUACCACCUGGAGGACAACGCAGCCUACUACCUGAACGACCUGGAGCGCAUCGCGGCGCCCGACUACAUCCCCACCGUGGAGGAUAUCCUGCGCUCCCGGGACAUGACCACGGGCAUCGUGGAGAACAAGUUCACCUUCAAGGAGCUCACCUUCAAGAUGGUGGACGUGGGUGGGCAGAGGUCGGAGCGCAAAAAGUGGAUCCACUGCUUCGAGGGCGUCACAGCCAUCAUCUUCUGCGUGGAGCUCAGUGGCUACGAUCUGAAGCUCUACGAGGAUAACCAGACGAGUCGAAUGGCAGAGAGCCUGCGGCUUUUCGACUCCAUCUGCAACAACAACUGGUUCAUCAACACCUCGCUCAUCCUCUUCCUGAACAAGAAGGACCUGCUGGCAGAGAAGAUCCGGCGCAUCCCGCUCACCAUCUGCUUCCCUGAGUACAAGGGCCAGAACACAUACGAGGAGGCCGCCGUCUACAUCCAGCGGCAGUUCGAGGACCUCAACCGCAACAAGGAGACCAAGGAGAUCUACUCCCACUUCACCUGCGCCACGGACACCAGCAACAUCCAGUUUGUCUUUGACGCGGUGACAGAUGUCAUCAUACAGAACAAUCUCAAGUACAUUGGCCUUUGCUGAGGAGCCCAGCCCGCUCACCUGAGGUGAAACCCAUGCGGUGUCACGCCCCGACGCGUGCUAGAGAGGCCGAAACCCGGGGCAGGAAACGGGGGCCUGAGGAAUGCCCCCUGCCCCUCAGCCUCCACCUCCUUGGCCCCAUGUUUCUGCAAACAUUAACAUAUACAGAUAGAUUGCUAGGUAGGUAGACACACACGCACACGCGCACUUGUCUGGAGAUGACACGGUCCUCUGACGCGCCACGGUCUCUGGGAGAUGUGAGAAGCUGUCACGAGGUCACUACGAGCCCAUCCUGCCCCUCCACUUUGCCUUUCUGAGGUGGCCCUACUCUGCAUGGGGGUCUGCACUGGACUGUCAGGGAGAGGCAGUGGGGCUGAGACUGGGUCAUGCCUAGAGGAGAGUCCACUCACCACCCGAGCCCCAGCCGGGGAUGAUGCCGCUGUCCGGGAGGGAGAACCAGCGUGGGCUCUGUGCACUUCCCCGCUGGCUGUGCCCACCGCUGGCCUACACAUGGCUGCUCUGCACCACACCUGUUCCCAGCCUGGGACCUUGGGAGCCAGGUGGCAGCACUAACCCGACCUCUAGCCACUCACGGCUCUUUUUAAACAGCUUCAAAAUAUGCAGCAAAAAUCAACACAAUAAAACGAGUGGCACGAUUUAUUUCAAACUAGGCCAGCUGGGAUUCCAGCUUUUCUUCUACUAGUCUGAUGUUUUAUAAAUCAACACCUGGUUUUUCUUCUCUGACAUCCUUUUUUUUUUUUUUUUUUUUGGCCAAAUCUCGUGGUGUUUCGCAGAAAAACAAAAAAUACAGAAAAUUUCCAACCGCAGUUGAGUCUUCUUUUUUAAAUGCAGAUUUUCAAAACAUAUUUUUUUUUAGGUGGUCCUUUUCGUGUCUGGCUUGCUGAGUGUAAAAGGUGUUAUCUGGAUGAUUCUGUCCCUCUGCUCCAAAGAAAUUCUGGGGUAGGCGGCAGUCCUGCGCCAACCUCGCGGGACACGUGUUGUACAUAAACCUCUCCAGCGUCCUCUUGUUAUUGGUGCAGUUUUCUGCUUUGUUUUUAUUUAAGAAAAUUAAUGUGAUGUAUUUAAAGAA